AUGCAGCUCUUGGGGGGAGUCACCAAUCUACUCCUGCAGAUGGUAAACACACUCAACACCACAACAGGUAAAGACAACAAACAGCAGCAGCAGCAGCAGCAGCAGCAGCAGCAGCAGCAGCAGCAGAAGAUGCUGGUGGUGGUGGUGGUGGUGGUAGCAAAAGAAGAAGAAAGAAAACAACUGAUGGGCCUCUGCCGCAGCACCCUGAACAGCAUCGUCAGCUGUCUGUACACCGCAAUCAAGCAGAUACACCCCGCAAAAAUAAGCGAAAAACAAACGCAAAAAGAGACAAAACAAACUGCAACACCACAUGCAGACAACCCCUCAGCAGCAACAACAGCAGACGGUGCAGCAGCAGCAGCAGACGGUGCAGCAGCAGCAGCAGACGGUGCAGCAGCAGCAGCAGACGGUGCAACAGCAGCAGACGGUGCAGCAGCAGCAGCAGACGGUGCAGCAGCAGCAGACGGUGCAGCAGCAGCAGCAGCAGCAGCACCAGCAGCAGCAGCAGAAGCAGCAGACGGCGCCAGCGCGGUGUCAGUGGAUAGUGCUUUGUUUGAUCGAGCUGAGAAGAUGCUGGGGGUGUCUUUGUUGCUUUUUGCAAUCGGCGAGCUCAGCAGCAGCAGAACGUUUUUACGAGGAAGAAGCAUCUAG